CCGGAAAUGAGGUACAACCAUGGCGAUGUCUGAGAAGGCAACGAAAGAGCGGCUGAUAUCCGUUUUGGAUGAUCUAGAGGUUUUAUCCAGGGAGUUGAUAGAGAUGCUAGCAUUGUCCAGAGGCCAAAAGCUUCCACAACCUGGCGAGGACACACAGAUCUUGGAGCUCCUAGUUCAGAGAGAUAAGGAGUUCCAGGAGCUUAUGGAAGUUGCCCAGGAGCAGGGCAAGGUGCAUCAGGAGAUGCAGUUGCUGGAGAAGGAGGUGGAGAAGAGGGACAGUGACAUCCAGCAGCUGCAGAAGCAGCUUAAGGAGGCUGAACACAUCCUGGCCACUGCUGUAUACCAGGCAAAGGAGAAACUCAAAUCCAUUGACAAAGCCAGGAAAGGUAGCAUUUCCUCAGAGGAAAUCAUCAAGUAUGCUCACAGGAUUAGUGCCAGUAAUGCUGUGUGUGCCCCUCUCAACUGGGUGCCAGGUGAUCCACGAAGACCCUACCCCACUGACUUGGAAAUGCGCAGCGGAAUGUUGGGUCACAUGGCCAACCUGCCAACCAAUGGUGUUAAUGGACAUCUUCCUGGAGAUGCACUGGCUGCCGGGAGAUUACCAGAUGUCCUGACGCCGCAGUACCCAUGGCAAUCCUCUGACGCCUCAGUGGGCAUGCUCCCACCUCACCAUGGCAAUGACUUCGGCUUGGAGCCCCCAGGUCACAACAAAGAGAACGAGGAUGAUGUGGAGGCCAUGUCCACUGACUCUUCCAGCAGCAGCAGUGACUCCGACUAAACUGUGUGUGUGUGUGUGUGUGUGUGUGUGUGUGUGUGUGUGUGUGUGUGUGUGUGUGUGUGUGUGUGUGUGUGUGUGUGUGUGUGUAGUUGGCUAAAUUUGUCGGGAUUUUUCCUGGGAUACCUCCAAGUACACCCUCCCUCCUAUUAAAACCCUAAAAAGCUAUCCACAUCAUGUUACCUGUAUCAAACCCAUUGGUGAUGCAAUGCAUUUUAAACUUUAUGUACCAAUGGAAGAUGGACUGAGUGUGUAUGCUUUCUUUUCAACAACACCUUACUUUGAUUCCAAGUUUGAAAAUAUUCUACCCAGAAUGUAGACUUACUGUGGCUGGCCCACAAAAUUGCAGUCUUCUCCUACAUUUAGAAAUGUAGCCUUGCUCAAAAGAACCAAGUCAAUUCUGAAGGAACAGAAUAGUGCUUCCAGUUUUCUUCCCCCACCUCCAGAUUUUUCACCACUGGGAUUGAAACUGGAGAAAAUGUGUUUCAGUAGCUCACCACACCAACUACUCAGCUACCACCACCCCCAUAAAUCGAGUUUUGCAGUGGAAGCUCAAGUUAAGAAUGUUUGACUGAAAAGAAACCCUAGCACACAUGCAUUCAUAUAUAUACACAAUCGCUCAAUAUCAAAAACUGCAAGCAGGCAGUUACUUAAUGAAAAGGUAUGCCCACAUGACAGUACAUGAACUGCUGAUUUGUAGUCCCAAUUCAUAGCAUCCCUGGUCUCUGUCUCUCUUUGUAUGGGGAAAAGUUGCCUUGCCUGCAUAGUUCAUAUCAACCAUGACCCUGUCAGAUUCUUAAGAGUCCCUUGGUAAAUCCAACACAUAAAUACUACAAAGGACUAAUUUGCACUGCCUGGAUUUUGCCCCCCCCCCCCAAAAAAAACAGUUUUAAAAAUUUAGUAAAAUAAGAUUUGAUUUGUGGAUAAUAUUUGUUGAAUUUACCGUUGAGCCUUUACUUUGGAAAAGUCUCAAGUCAUGCUCUCUGUGAGGUAUCUAAUCUACAAUAAACAAGGACCCAUUUCAGUCCCAGAAUUCACAAAGGAUUUCGAUGGGAAGCUUCCCCCUCAAUACAACGAACAACUGGCAAAUAUCUUGGUUACAAAAAUGUAAAUGUUGUUCAAAACUGGAAAAAUCACUUAAAAAGCCCAGUUUGGAAUCAUAGUACAGUGUCUGUUGGGGUGUCUUCAAAUGUUUAUUCUAUUUGAAGAUAUGUAUUUUUUGUAAUUGUUAAGAUCAGAAAAAAAAAUUGAGUUGAAUGCAAGAUGGCCCUUUAACUGGAAGGUUGAUGGUUGGAUACCUGGUCAUAGCCAGUGUGCCUGAUCACAAUCUGUGGUGUCCUUUAGUGAAAUAUACUUUAUCACCAUCAGUCCAUCCAUUGUCCUUACCAAUUUAAUCCAAUGUUUAAUCCAAUUCAGGGUCAAAGGAAACCCUCUUCAUUCCUCCGAUGUAUUGUUCUGGAUAGGAGAGUAAGCUAAAGGCCAACAAAAAGUAUAUCUAAAUGUUUUGAGAAAUGUCCCCGAAUUUGUCUCAGUUAAUGUUUUUGGUUCUGGUAUAAACCUAAGUGCUAUUUAUAGACUAUUAAUUCAGUGGCAAUUUUUUUUCAACUUGGAAAAUACUUUAGUUUUGUCAGCUGUAUGUCCCUUUUUAUGAAGUUUUUUGACCGUUUGACAAAUAGUUUGUUUACUCCUCAAUGUAAAAAGCUCUGUACAUAGCCUUGUAAAUAAAUUUUGAAUAAAUUUUUUUG